CUCUCCAAGUAACAUUACACUGUAGUGCAUUAGUGUCAUACAAUUUAAAUUAUUUUAAAAAAAACCAAAUUACCCAAUCGAAAAUUAAUUAUUUUAAAAAAUAGAUAAAUAAACAAUUAAAAAAAAAAAAAAAUGUGUACUAAGCUCAAGUGUCGGAUUCGCGAGUGGAUCAAAUGAGGGAGCGUGUGUGACACGCGGUCGAGCGAGUGAUCCGUGACGUCAGUGGUCCAAUCGGUUGUCACCUGUCACCCACUAGUACCAGAUCGUCUCUCGCCUUACGUCUCCCCCACCUUCAAAUACUAGUAUUUCUCUCUCCCUUUCUUCCUCCCUCCACCUCCUCUACCACUGCCUCCAGCUUCACUCCCACCCACCCCCAGCUUCUCUUCUGGCUCUUUCUACUGUCAUACAGAGGUCGAAACUCUGGCGCCUUGUGACUUACCACCCCUUGAUAAAACUCCCAUUCCUCAGCUAUAGAGGUGGCUAGCCCUUUAUAAUCUUCUUUCGUCUCUCUCGCUCAUACUAAAACAAAUACCAUCAGUUACUCCGACUCUUUCCCUUCUUCCUCUUCUUUUCACCCCCAGCGGCAGUAUCUAGUAUCUAGUAUCUGGUAUCCAGCAUCCAACAAUGAGUAUCCCAGUAAAGUAUCCCCGGUAAACCUCUCGCUGGUCGGUAGCUCAUGGAUCUCUCCCUGCCCUCCCAUCACCCUGAUAACCCUCUCGCCCGUUUCAUCCCGUGGCUCGCGACCGCAGACACAAAAACAAUAACAAAUCGAUUUCUGGAGGGCGGUUUGGGGAAGGGGUCAACCACGGUGGCUGGGACACUGUGAGCUGUGAGCUGUAAGCCACUCUAGACUACGGUACAGGGCAGCUGGAAUAGACGGGCGAAUAAGAGAGCAAAGUUGGAUUGGGGGUAGUCAAGAGAUAAUAAAAAGAGACAAAGACUUGAGAGUAAGAACACCAAUAAUUCUACAGGGUGGUACUGCUAUUGCUAUUGCUAUUUCUGGUGUAUCCACUUAUAAUCUCUUUGUCUCUUUAUUUCUCUCUCUAUGAGCAUGUACAUUUUAUGCUAAAGUAUGCAACUACGCGAGACACGAGUCGCCAGCCGAUCUCCGACGGAAUCAUCCACUGGACUAGCGUUCAUUGUUGUCUUUGCGGUUGUAUUUAUAAUACUGGUUCUUGUUGUUGUACUAGAUAUUGUCGGACUGAGAACCGGUGUUAUGAUCGAGACAAUACCAAUCAAUACCACCGAGGCUGGAUCACACGCGCUAUUCGGUAGCGAGAUCGAUAAGAUAUUUCUACGGACGCAGACGUGAUCCUUUACGCUACGAUGGACUAUGGGAUUUGGGGUCUUCAUGCCGCGAGUAGACUCUGGGGUGACCCGCGACUCGCUCGGCACCCGAUCAUACCACCAGGUGCACCUCAACUUUUGUCCCGCGCAGUUCUUACUCUAAGUGCACUGCAACAGCAGCAGCAAUUAAGCGCCGCGAUGGCCACCGAAGCUGAAGGCUCCUGUCAGGCGAUAGAACUCACUGCCAAGUCUUCCAGCAGCGAUGGAGCCAGAAGUGAAACCAGCACGCCGUUUGAUAGAAAAAAAUCUGAAGACAACGAAAGCAACAUCGAAAAAGACGAUGAUGACUACGAUGAGAAUACUGGAAUUAAUGACAACGAAGAUCCUGGUGAUGAGAGCGACACUGGUAGCACUAAUAGCUCUCAUCCUUCAGGAAAUAAUAAUUUACCAAACAAUUUACUGGAUCCUAUGUCAUGUUUUGGCUUUGACAAGGAUGAAACAGUGACUCCGAUGUUAAAUGGCUGGGUCUUGGGAGCCUACACAGCCAUGCUAGGAAGAUUAUCUGCGGCAACAGCAGCCUUGGAAGCUAUUGAAGUUCCUUCGAUGCCUUCUGGAAGUGAAUCUGAAAGUGAUGAGUCUUCAUACACUGAAAAAUCUAGAGAUAACAGUCCGGUUGCGGGAGCAUACAGAGGGUAUCCAUGCGGAUCGUGCGACGUGGUGGCCUCGACGAGACCGGCUUUGAAAAAGCACCUGCUGGACUGCCAUCCGGCCUCGUCAUCAGGAUCCGAGGCCAGCAGCACGAGAACGUGUCCGUCCGCGGGCUGCGACUUUACGAGCAAGUCGAGGUGCGAAAUGGAAACUCACGUUGCGGGUCACGUCCAGGGAAUGACUUCGACGGGAAAAAAAAGGUCUCUAGCUCUUCAGCGCGUCAGGUAUAGGUACGAGAGAGAGGAAUACAGAUGCUCGCUGUGUUCGUAUGCCUGCACUAUUGAGAAAGCGUUUCAACGACACUUGCGUGCUCAUGCGAGAGGAUCCGCACCAGAGACCAGAGUCAGCUGCGCUGUUUGCGGUGCCGACAGGUCCUCGGAGGUCGAUUUGAGUCGACAUAUGAGGAGGCAUCGGGAUGAUAGAUAUUUCUGUUGCGAUAUUUGUGUUUUUCGGACGGUUCAAUUGAAAAAAUUGAUACAGCACCGACGAAUGCACACAGGAGAAAAACCCCAUUUGUGUCCCCACUGUGCGUACAGAAGUGCACGUCGCGAUAAUUUACGCAGCCACGUACGCCGAGUCCACAAGAAAGAAAAUCUUUAUUGUGACACCUUCAGUCCACGUGGGAUGUUGAUGAACCCCAGCUUGACACCGACAAACAACGAGGAUCUACCAGCAUCGACAAACCUUAAAACUCCGGCCUCACCUGCACCGUCCAAUUCAGAAUCGACGAACUAACGAAUGCGCCGCUCGAUCGCGAGUUAAUAACUCGUACGAGCCAACCGUAAUUACUAAUUAUUUAUUAACUUACUUAAGUAUUUAAAUAUUAAGGUAUUGAAACGUCCUAAAUACGUCAAUAGGUCCAGGUUUUAAAUAAAACCCAGAGAUGGAUCGAUAAGUCAUAGUCGUAAUGACGGUAAUUUAAUUACUAAUGUAUAAUAUUUAUAUUAAUAAUGAUAAUAAUAAUAUUGCAGUUUAUUUAAACGUUACUGUACGUCAAGUAAGCUCAUCAACGUCUGUUUGAAAGUGUUGAAAGGUACUGUGGAGUUAUUAUAUAAAUUCCUCUGAUAGAUAGUUAAUUAAUUAAUCAAUUAUUUAGAAGUUAUUGUAGGUAUUAUUGCAUGUCCUUGUCACGUACUAUCGACUUCCUGGUUAUUGAAUUUUUUAAAAUAAUUCUAUUGGGUUUUUAAUUAAGAGAAAUUGGUCAUCACGAAAAUUUAUUUAAUUAUUUAUGAAAAAAUUGAGAAAGUGCAGAAGGUAACUUUGGUUUUAAUUAUUGCAUUCCCUGAUUAAACAACUGAAUUCGACCGAAUUAAAAAUUUUAAUUCUGUUAUAUUCUGUCGAAUUCUGCAAAACAGAAUUUAACUGAAUUGAAAAUUUGAAUUUGAAUUAAACAGAAUAAAACCGAUUUAAACAUUUCAAAUUCGUUUUAAUUCAGUUCAAUUCGGAUUCAAAACCAGAAAUUGGAGAAUUUUUUUCGUUUUAAUUUGGACAAAUUCUGUUUUUCCUGCCGAAUUAGACAGAAUUCAUUUUUAAGUUAGGUACCGAAUUAACAGAAUUUAUCUGAAUUAAAUAGAAUUAAAAAUUUAAUUCUGUUUAAUUCGAUCGAAUUCAGUUGUUUAAUCAGGGUUGAAAUUGAAAAUUGUAAGAGUUGAAGUUUUUAUGUUAGUAAUUUUUUUGAAAAAAAUUUUCAAUAGUUUUUGGUCAAAGGUAACAGAGAAAAAUUGAACUUAUGAAGAAAAAAAUAUGAUCCCGUUUAUUUUGGGCUGAAAAAAAUCUUAAGUGAAUUUUUUCAAAUUUUUUUUGGCGGAUAGUUUAAAGUUAUUUGGGUUCGUAGUAAAUUUGAAAAUGAUGAAUUUUUUGGAAAACGAGAAAAAUUUUUCAUUCAUAAAUUUUAGAAAAAAUAAAAAAAAUUUUAUGAUAUGACCCAUAGUAAAAACUGCUUUUGCAUAGUAGCAGAAUUUUUAAAUUUAAGUUUUCAAAUAAAUUUUAAUUACUUCGCUUUUUAUUAAAAGUAAAUUUUUAAAAUAAAUUGACUGUAAGAUUUUAAAAAUGAAUAUUUGAUUGCUUAAAUGAAUUUUUUUUUACGACGAGAUGAUAAUUUGAACCAGAGUUACAGAAUUCGGAAGCUCAUAAAUAAUAAAUUAAAAAUUUUUUGAUGACAGUAAGAAUAAUAAAAUCCGUAAUUAUAAAGUGAGAUUUAGUAAAUAUUGUAUGGUGCUAGAUGUCUCAUUAGACUGGCGGUUAGAAAGACUGAAAGAGUCCAAGGCCUGAAUAAAAUAAUUGGCCAACGUGAUAGAAAAAUGACUACAUGGCAACUAAGACUGUUCUGUUGUGCCAGUCAGAAUCCUCAGCUAAUUGCAUAAGAAUAAGACUAAAUUAAUAAAUUACUUACUUAUUUUACUUAUAUUAUUAUUUAAAUCGUAAAUUUAAAAUUUGUGAUUGGCAAUUCAAAGACUGAUGAUAUUCAGAGGAUUCUGUCUUUAGGGAUCGGUGCUACGUGUUUAAUUAUUUACUUUAAUAUGUAAUUUAUUUUUAAAUUUAUUAAUUGAAGGCACUUGAAAAAAAUUCACUGUAAAAAAUUAGCGGAGUAAAUGCGGAGCAGAUGACUAUUUAUUUAUUUAAUUUCCUCAGAGUGAAAUUUACUCCAAAGGGGAGUUCAUUUUAAUUUUAAAACUCUGAAUCGAGUGAAUGUAGAUUGGAAUAAAUUUCAAAUUAUUACGAAAUCACUCGGUUGAAAAAAUAAACUCCCAAUUUACUCCGCUUGCGGAGUGAUUUUUUUAAAACUCCAGAACUUGAAGAGGAACCGGAAGUGAAUUUGAAUUGAAAUAAAAUCCGUAAUCACUCCGAAUUUAUUACAGUGUAGUGCUGGUUAUGUCGCCUAUUUGUCUUAAAAACUAUAAAUAAUCUGUAAUAUAUUUAUACUUUUUUUCCUUUUUUGAUAUACAUUGUAUUUAAAUUGAUACUUUAUAUUUAUAAAUGAAUUUUAAAAUAAUUAAUUAAUAUGUGAUGGUAAUAAUUAACAUGCAUACAAAUUAGUGGCAUGUUAAUUUAUCGAGUUUAGUCAACAAUUUUUAUACAAUCAUUUACAAUGCGUACUGACAAAAAUAUAAUAAACAUUUUUGUCCGCAUUAUAUUUAUAUAUAUUAUAAAUAUUAUAAUAGUAAAUACUAAGUCAUACGUAUGUUUAAAUGAUGUUCAUUAAAAAAUGUAUUUAUUUUUUAUUUUGAAAGUUUAGUGAUGCUAUUGAAUGAGUACUUGCUUCAAUUGGUUUCAAAAUCUAAGUUGGGGGGGGGGAGGUUAAAUUUGAAAUUUAAUGAAAUAUCGACUGCGCAUCUGUCGAUAUUUGGAAUUUGAAAAAUAAUUCAUUUUAUUUAAUAAAUAUAGAGAUUUGAAAUUUUCUGAAGGAAAUUUUUUGAAUAGUGCGAGAGGCAAAAUGGGCCGCCAAAAUGGCGAUUUUUUAAAUUACUCAUUAUUAUUAGUUGCCAUUUAAUUAUUUUUUAUUAAUAUACUCCGAUUUAAAAAAAUAAUUUAAUUAUUGAGGAAAAAAUUUUGAGUCGCCUCUUUUACCCCUUUCUAAAUUUUGUUUUACAGAAUUUCAAGUGGUCUAUUACUCAUUUUUUUAAAUAGAACUCUAUUGAGACCGAAAAAAAAUUAUUCAAUAGCUGAUUAAUUAAGAAUUUGAAAUUUAUAUUUAAUUACUGGAGGUAUAUAUUUGUUUAAUAGCAUUCUAUAUUUAAUUUACUUUAAUUUUACCAUAAACUAAAGAAAUUUGUCAAUUUUACGCGCCAAUAUUUAAAAAUAAAAUUUUAAAACGUUUUUAGUAUUAAAAAAAAAACUAAAUUACACUUCACAAAAAUUUGAAUUAAAUUAAUUGUUAUUAAAAAAAAAUAUGUCUUUUAACUGUUGAAUUUUUGCUUAGAUAAUAAGUGUCCUGAUGUAUACCAAACACUAUACAUGAUAUAUUCUAUAUUAAUGUUUCUUAGACUAAGAUAUGAUAAUAAUUAAAACAAAAUAAACAAAAAAAAAGCUCGAGUGUUUAAAUAAAUUAAAUACAGUGCCAAUUUUUUUUGAAUACUUGAGUAAAACUGCACUCGAGCGACUCAUGACUUCUCGAUACUUUUUGAAAGCAGACGAUUGAGUUCUCAAUAAAAAAAAAUUUUAAAUGGAUAAAGUAUCGAUAAGUCGCGAAUGAACUUCUUAUAAAUUAAAUACAAUCUAAAUGUGAUAAUAUAUUUGCUAUUAAAAUCUUAUAUUAUAUUAUAUUAUAUUAUAUUAUUAUAUAUAUUAAUGAACGCAUUUAUUACAGAUAUUGAAAGUCGUUAAAAGAAAUUUAAGUAUACAGUUAAUUAACGAUAUAAGAUAAAUGAACAGAGCCUCUAUUAUUUAAAAUAAAUAAAUUUUAUUAAAUUUAUUUUUAAAAUACAAGACGUACAAAUUUUAAAAUUUACUUUUAUUAUUAUUUAUUAUUUAAUUAGCUCUGUUCAUUCUUCGUCCGUACAGUUUAACGUUAAACUAAAUCUAAUCUACUCAUAUAUAUAUAUUAUAUAUAUAUAAUAAAAAAUAUUUAUUUCAAUAAAUGAAUAUUAAUUAAGAAUAUGUACUUAUAAACUAAAGUAAUUGUAAAUGUAUGUGGGUCAGAUAUGAAUUUAUAUACAGAAAAAAAAAUAUUUCUUGGUUCAAAAAAUUGUUUCUCGUCCCAAGAAAAUUUUUCUGUUUAGUUCAUGAUGCAAAAAAUUUCUUGAGUCAAGUAAAAAUUUUUUGUGUCAAGAAAUUCUUUUUUUUGUGUAUUAGGAGAGACCGGGGCCGGUCUCCCUAAGCCGCUAAUUAUUUUUUAGCUUUUGAAUACCGGGGACAAAUUUUUUUGAUUUAUCUCGAAUGAAUUCAUCAUAAUUUUCCCAUAAUUUGAGAAAACAAAAAUUUUUUAGUGGCUCGACGGACCUCCUCCAAAAAAUGAUAAAAAUUUUCUUGUGGCUUUUCUCCAUACUAUCAUUUUCUUAAAUUUUUUUAGGGGCUCUGCCGUACCCCGGUCUCCUCAAUAUUAUAACGAUAAUUGUCUUCCUUCAAUUAAUUGUCAUAAUUAAUUUUGAAAAAUUUUAUUGCACUUUUAAUUAAAAAAGUUCAUGCACAUGAAAUUAUUUAUUUAUUAUAUUUAUUGUAAUUUAUAUUCAAAUAGUAUAUAUAUAUGUAUAUUUAUAUAUAUAUAUAAAUUAUUCAGUGGAUCGUUAUCGCAGAAUAUGCGACUGCAUGUAUGCUUCCAAAUAUGUAUACGAAAAAAGAACAAAACCGUCUUAAAAAAAAAAAGUAAUAAUAAUAAUAAUUAUUAUAAUGUCUAAUUGUGAUUUAUAUCAAUUACUCUCUUUGUUAAAUUUUUUUUAAUUAAUUUAUUAUGAUAUUAAGAUAUUUAAUUAAUUAUGAUAUUUAUCAAGUUGAGUAAUUGAUGAUAGUGUAAUUGAUGAUUUGUA